GGGUUGCUGACGGAGAGGGCCGCCGCCCCGCAGUAGACACUGUCUCAGCCGGCGAAGCCGCAUUUCCCGCGGUGUGUGAGUGAGCUCCGGGCCGGUUCCCUCUCCCGCCGCCGUCAUGGGCUGCACGCUGAGCGCCGAAGACAAGGCGGCGGUGGAGCGGAGUAAGAUGAUCGACCGCAACUUGCGGGAGGACGGAGAGAAAGCGGCCAAAGAAGUGAAGCUGCUCUUACUCGGUGCUGGAGAAUCGGGUAAAAGUACCAUUGUGAAACAGAUGAAAAUCAUUCAUGAAGAUGGCUAUUCCGAGGAAGAGUGUAAACAAUAUAAAGUAGUUGUCUAUAGUAAUACUAUACAGUCGAUCAUUGCAAUCAUAAGAGCCAUGGGACGGCUAAAGAUUGAUUUUGGGGAACCUGCCAGAGCAGAUGAUGCUCGGCAAUUAUUUGUUUUAGCUGGCAGUGCUGAAGAAGGAAUCAUGACUUCAGAAUUAGCGGGAGUGAUUAAGCGGUUAUGGCGAGAUGGUGGGGUGCAGGCAUGCUUUAGCAGAUCCAGGGAAUAUCAGCUCAACGACUCUGCUUCAUAUUACCUAAAUGAUUUGGAUAGAAUAUCACAAACCAACUACAUUCCAACUCAGCAAGAUGUUCUUCGGACAAGAGUAAAGACCACAGGCAUUGUGGAAACACAUUUCACCUUCAAAGACCUAUAUUUCAAGAUGUUUGAUGUAGGUGGCCAAAGAUCAGAACGAAAAAAAUGGAUUCACUGUUUUGAGGGAGUGACAGCAAUUAUCUUCUGUGUGGCCCUCAGUGAUUAUGACCUUGUUCUAGCUGAGGAUGAGGAGAUGAACCGAAUGCAUGAAAGCAUGAAACUCUUUGACAGCAUUUGUAACAACAAGUGGUUUACGGAAACCUCGAUCAUCCUCUUCCUUAACAAGAAAGACCUGUUUGAAGAAAAAAUAAAGAGGAGUCCAUUAACUAUCUGUUACCCAGAAUAUACAGGUUCUAAUACAUAUGAAGAGGCAGCUGCUUACAUUCAGUGCCAGUUUGAAGAUCUGAACAGAAGAAAAGAUACCAAGGAGAUCUACACUCACUUCACCUGUGCCACAGACACCAAGAAUGUGCAGUUUGUUUUUGAUGCUGUUACAGAUGUCAUCAUUAAAAACAACUUAAAGGAAUGUGGACUUUAUUGAAGAAGAGGGAUGUUAAGUAAAAGUUACUACAGUGUGGAGUGUUGAGACCAGACAUCUUUUGCUGUCUUGUGGGGCAGCUGCAAGCAUGACGGGACCAGGGAAUGGCAGCAGCAUGCAGAACCUUAGCACUCUUUUAGCACAAUCUUCUGCAUUAGGGAACAUUAAUUGGCAUGAGAUGCUAAAGUCAGACAUUGGAAUUUGAACAACUGUAAAGUGUGAUUUGAUCCUGAAGACAUCACUUGGAUUUUAUAAUAUCAAAUGUUUAGGGCAGAUAUGAAGUUGAGGUGCUGCAUUCCAGAACUUCAAUACAUAGCUUACUUUUUUUCUUUCUUAACAAAUCACCAGUUCAUUUCUCAAGUUUUUUUUCAUCAAGAGAAGAAUAACUCUACUAAAUUUUAUUUCUUUAUUUGCAAAGAAUCUUAUUAAAACACAAACAGUCUUUAACUAUGCACAUGAUGUGACUAGAUCAUCUGGAAAAUAUUCCUCUUAGUAGGAACUCUUUGUUUUUAACUCUUGGUAUGGUCCAUGAUAUAAUAUUUCCAUACUUAAAAUUCUUUUGAGUUAUUAGGGCUAAAAAAUACAACUUUUUGAAUGAAAUUAUUUUGCUAUCCUGCUCAAAAUACCAUGAUGGUUUCUGAAUGGUAAUUACAUUGAAGAGUUCUACAGUAAGAUUCUAGCUCUCUUUCAAGCUUACGGCUGAAGUUAACCUUGUUUGUGCUAAUUACCAAAUUACUAGAUAAAUGCUGAUGUAAUAUGAUAAAGUCAGCUUCUUGGAUAAAGACACACCAGGGCAGUCGUCAAUUAGAAAAGCAAGUUGCUAAAUUCCAGACAGAACCAAUGACUUUGCCACUGCAUUACUACUAAAUUGACCACUUUAAUUCUUGCUUGCUUGUCUCAGUCAUAGGGAAUUUUGUACAGGGUGCCUCUUGUUUUCCAUCCUCAUGGCCUUUUUUGUUGGGAGACAUCUAAAGUAUAUUAAUAGUGCAUGCUUUUAUUUUGUAAAUGUGGUGCCAAAUCCCUGUUUGCCAUUGUUUUUACUGUAGUAAUGUUAACUGUAGUAAUCCUUAGUCAGUACAUUCUUUUACCAAAAAUACUGCAUUUUGGAACUUUUUCCACUUUGUUCUGUGUACAGAUUUUAAUCUGUUAUAGUUGGCAGCAGUAUUAAAAUGGUGAGUAAAGAGUCCAGGUUUGCUCCUGUUUGUAACCAGUAA